CGCGCUACAAGUUGAAAGUCAGCGUCAUGACAUUCGCGGACGUCUCGCGCGAGAGGUUUUCCGACGAGCAGCGGGACUUCACAUGCAUUGUCAAAGUCUUCGACUGGACCAGGUUCGUGAAGCUCGAUGGCCCCGUGGCCGUCGACGCGUUCACCGUGGGCGACUUCCGCGACCUCGAGCUGGAGGAGCUCCUCAUCGUGGCGCCCGCACCCGCCGUCUGUCUUCCGCGCGACACCUGCGCGCUCGCCUCCGUAGACUACGCCUCGGUGGCGCUGCGGUCGGCCCUGGGCGAGGAGAUGCCCGCGCACGUGGCCCACAUGAGAGUCUCGCCCGCGUUCUUGACGAGGCUGACCGAGAGCUGUGGGGAGGGCGAGGUGACCGAGUUCUUCGACUGCAGGCGGCUCCGCUCAGAUGUGAUUGUCGGGGUCCUGCUCCAGCCCGUCGCGCCCCCCGACCCCGCGUCCCAGGGCGACCUGCGGCGCAUCGGCUUCCAGCUCUCCGUCGACGGCGAGAUCGAGGGGGGAGGGCGGCGGCGCAUCUGCCAGGGCCUCGGCCAGCCCGGGCGCUUGCCGGGGCCGGCCGGCGGCCGCGACGCAGACAAGGCUGCCCAGCUUGCAGCGCCGCGGGCGCUGGACAAGUGUGCGUUCGCCGCAGAGAUCCCCCGCAUCCGAAGCGCCUACUUCGAGCGCCUUGCAACCCUCCACCAUGCUUCGCAGUUCAUGGAGCUGUUCCUCCCGAAGGAGCGCCUGUCAAUGUCCUCGGACGAUGCCGAGGUCAAGCAGCUCGGCGCGAUCGCCGCGUACGUCGCCCUCGUCGGUUCCGCGUCGAUCGCGCUCGCGAGGUGGCUUGCCGGGUGCUGG